AUGGUUGAUCGGCGGGGAGACGGUGUGAGUGACGAGAUGGUGAGGAGCGGGAUUAGCGAGAGCGACGGGCAGCGAAGGGACCCGGCCCCUCCCACUGUCGCGCCCUCCCCCUGCCCGUCGCGUCGCGCCCCCCUCCCCUUCCCCUGCCCGUCGCGUCGCCUCCUCUCCCCCUGCCCGUCGCGUCUCCUCCCCUCCUCCUGCCCGUCGCGUUCGCCUCCCCUUCCCCUGCCCGUCGCGUCGCCUCCCUUCCCCCUGCCCGUCGCGUCGCCUCCCCUCCUCCUGCCCGUCGCGUUCGCGCCCGUCGCGUCGCCUCCCUUCCCCCUGCCCGUCGCGUCGCCUCCCCUCCUCCUGCCCGUCGCGUUCGCGCCUGUCGUGUCGCCUCCAUUCCCCCUGCCCGUCGCGUCGCCUCCCCUCCUCCUGCCCGUCGCGUUCGCCUCCCCUUCCCCUGCCCGUCGCGUCGCCUCCCUUUCCCCUGCCCGUCGCGUCACCCUCCCAUCCCCGCCCCUGUCCUACCGUCGCGCCCUCCUCCCCGCCCCUUCUCACCGUCGCGCCCUCCUCCCCACCCCUUCCUACCGUCACGCACCCUCCUCCCCGCCCUCUCCUAACGUCGUGCGCCCUCCCCCUGAGCCCACCGUGCCCUCGCCCUCACCUAGGCUCGCGCCUCCACGUUAG